CGACAAUACCGUAUAUAUCUUCCUCUCUUACGAUCUGGAUCCUGGCGGGCCAUGACAUCCACUGUACAGUCGGCGCAGUCCGAUGCCUUGUCGCAGAUUUUCCAAGGACUUAAAAACAAGAGCCAUGAAGUACGACUGGAGUCAUCUGUCAACUUGUGUCGAUAUGUUUCUACGACUGUUGCCGAGAUGACGCCUGAUGCUGCUGCGAAACUGUGGGAUGAUAAUAUUAAUCGAAGGCUUUUCGACCUUAUGCAUAGCCAGAGUACAACGGAAAACUUUGGUGGACUUUUGGCUAUAGAUCACCUCCUUGAAAUUACCAGCGGAGAGACUAUCGAGUCCAAGCGCAACUUGUUUCGAUUCUACAACUAUGUCAAGCAUCUUCUUCCCCACUCAGACGUCAACCUUAUGUUGGUGGCUUCCAAGACCCUAGGACAGAUAGCACAUAUUGGCGGUUCUGCCUUUGGGGACCGAUUUAUGGACUACGAGGUUCCUGCUGCAAUCGAACUGAUGCAACCGGAGAAGCAGGAAUCCCCUCGAUAUGCUGGCGUCUUAAUUUUGAAGGAGCUCGCUCGAAACAGCCCCGGAUAUUUCCAUUCCCACAUAAGCCUUGUGUUCGAAAACAUAGUCGUUGCUUUGCGAGAUCAGCGCGUCAAUGUCAGGGAGGGCGCGGCUGAGCUACUGGCGGCUUGCCUAGAAAUUGUCGUGCAGCGGGAGCGUCAAAGUCGGAACACCUAUCUGAACGGAAUCUUAACGGAAGCCCAGGCAGGACUGAGGAUGCAGCAACCAGAAAUUAUACAUGGCUCUCUACUGACGUACAGAGCACUUCUUCUGCAUGCUGGGAUGUUUAUGAAGGAGACUUUUAUGGAUACGGCGGAGAAAAUUCUCCGAUUCCGGACUCACCGAGACGGCCUUGUUCGCAAACAAGUUAUUGCAAUGAUACCAUCUCUAGCCGCCUAUGAUACGCAAACUUUCAAGGAUAACUACCUUCAUAAAUCCAUGAGCCAUCUCCUGACCCAGCUCGAAAAGCCCCAUGAAAAACAAUUUGCGUUCAUUGCUAUCGGACAUACGGCCACUGCCAUAGGCAGUGAUAUCAAACCUUUUUUGGACUCGAUCAUGGCGCACAUCAAAGUUGGAUUACAGAAUAGAGGGAGAAAGAACACGACAUCAGAGGAGCCCAUAUUCCAAUGCAUCGGUAUGCUUGCCAUUGCAGUGGGUCCUCAUUUGACUAAGUUGCUCCAUGACCAACUCGACCUCAUGUUUGCUGCCGGACUUAGCGAGCCACUCUGUCAAGCGUUGACAGCUAUAGUGCAUUGCAUUUCUCCACUUCUGAGCACCAUACAGGAUAAGCUAUUGGACUUGUUGUCAAUGAUUCUUAGUGGACAGCCAUACAAAGCCCUCGGCGCCCCGUCGACGCUUUCCAGGAAUGAGGUUUCUACCGUCAACAGAGAGUUAAAUGCACAGGCUGCUGCCAACGACAAAAGCUCGGAGACAAUCACACUAGCUCUCACAACACUCGGUUCUUUUGACUUCACAGGGCACUUGUUGAAUGAAUUCGUUCGACAGUGUGCACUAUCGUAUCUGGAGGACGAUAACGCGGACGUACGGCGCGCUGCCGCUUUGACUUGCUGUCGUCUUUUUGUGCGGGAUCCUAUCUGCUACCAGUCUAGUAGCCACGCCAUCGAGAUUAUCAGCGACGUUUUAGACAAACUGUUGACGGUAGGCAUAGCUGACCCAGGCAGGUUUUCUUCAAACUUCGUCUUCCUGGUAGUUCUUGACCGUUCCGCAGAUCCGUCAAUCAGGCAGACCGUACUUUCCUCACUUCACGAGCGCUUUGACAAGCAUCUAGCUCAGGCAGAAAACGUACGAUCUUUGUUCAUAGCCUUAAAUGAUGAGGAGUUCGAGAAUCGUAUAACUGCGGUCUCAUUGAUUGGGCGACUCGCGAAGCACAAUCCGGCUUAUGUUGUCCCCUCCCUGCGUAAAGCACUUAUUCAGCUCUUGACUGAGCUAGAAUACACGACUGUCAUUCGCAAUCGCGAGGAGUGCACUCGGCUGCUUUCGUUACUGAUCAGUGCUACUCAGCGGCUUAUCAAACCCUACGCUAUACCCAUUCUUGUGGUCUUGUUGAAAAAAGCCAACGACCCUAAUCCUGCGGCGGCAUCCAAUGUCUUGAUGUGCCUGGGCGAGCUUGCCUGCGUUGCGGGAGAGGAAACCAUGGACCAUAUCGGAGAUAUCAUGGAGGUCUUGACGGAGAAGCUGUCCGAUCCGUCGCUUAUCGAACGAGAUGCGGCUCUUCACACUCUUGGACAAGUCUGCUCUAGCACUGGAUAUGUCAUUGAUCCGCUUGUCGACUACCCACAAUUACUACCGCUUCUGGGGAAGAUUUUGAAAUCAGAAAGCUCGCAGGCUGUCCGACGAGAAGUGGUGAAAGUUCUAGGUAUCCUUGGAGCAGUCGAUCCAUACAGACGGAAGGAGCAGGGAAGUUCGGUAGAAGAUGCUUCUAGUGAAACGCUGAUCACUGCGGUUAAUCAAGUCCCCAUAAACCAAACUCCAACCAUGGUAACCGACGAUUACUAUCAAAAUGUGGUCAUCAACGCACUGUUGGCCAUUUUGAAGGAUCAGUCCCUCAGUACACAUCAUCAUACAGCCAUUGAAGCCGUCAUGUCCAUCUUCAAGACUCAAGGAUUGAAAUGCGCAUCAUUCUUGCCGCAGAUCAUUCCUGCAUUCGCGACAGUGACGAAGCAUUCUGCUGCUCGCCUACAAGAAUUCCACUUGCAGCAGCUGACAAUUUUGGUUGGCAUCAUCAAGCAGCAUAUACGAAAUUACAUGCAGAUCAUCUUCAACCUCAUCGGAGACAUAUGGGAGAAUGUUGCACUUCAGCUUCCAAUUGUGUCCCUCAUCGAGGCAUUGAGCAAGGCAUUGAAUGCCGAGUUCAAACCUUUCCUACCUUCUGUCCUUCCACUGGUCCUAAAAGUAUUCGACGGGGAGCUCAACGAUAAAAGGACGAAUACACAGAUGAAGAUCUUCGACGCCUUUCAGACUUUCGGCGCCAACAUCGAGGAGUACCUCCAUCUCAUCAUCCCUCUGAUUGUUAAGUCUUAUGACCGCCUGGAUGGCACGAUGCCUCUUCGCAAGAAAGCCAUUCAGACCAUCGAUGGUUUAUCAAAGCGUGUGAAUUUCUCCGACCACGCCUCGCGGAUCAUUCUCCCUUUAGUUCGUGUAUUGGAAGGUUCGCAAAAUGAGCUGCGGCUCGCGGUUAUGGACACCUUGUGCUCACUUUGCAUUCAAUUGGGUUCAGACUUUGCUAUCUUCGUCCCCACUAUCAACAAGGCUCUUGUUCGAAAUCGCAUCCCUCACGUAAAGUACGAGAACCUAAUCACCAAACUUCUCAAUGGCGAACAGCUGCCUCAGGAACCUGGGGUGCUAGAAUUGCUCUCAAUCGAGAACGCGAAGUCGGCCGAGUUCUCUGUUCCUGCUGCCGAAGCUGCCAAGCUCACAGUGAACCAACAACAUUUGAAAACGGCUUGGGAUACUUCUCAGACCAGCACCCGGGACGAUUGGCUUGAUUGGAUCCACCGCCUCACCGUCGAACUCAUGAAAGAAUCUCCGUCGCAUGCCCUUCGUGCCUGUAUGAGUCUUGUCGACAUCCAUACUCCUCUGGCCAAAGAAUUGUUCAACCCCGCAUUCUUGUCGUGCUGGGGGGAGCUCUAUGAUCAAUAUCAGGAGGAUCUCGUGCGAUCGGUUGAAACAGCCUUGAAGUCCGCUACUGCGCCUUCCGAGCUGAUACAUCGUUUACUCGGACUUGCAGAAUUCAUGGAACAUGAAGAAAAACCAUUGCCUAUAGAACACAAGAUUCUUGGAGAGUGCGCGCUGAAGAACUUGGCGUACGCAAAAGCUCUUCACUACAAGGAGCUCGAAUUCUUUUCUGAAGCAUCACCCUCUACCAUCGAAGCGCUCAUCUCGAUCAAUACUCGUCUUCAACAACAUGACGCUGCUUGGGGGACGCUGGUCAUGGCUCACGAGCAUUAUGAUGUUAGCAAACAAGAGGAAUGGUAUGAAAGGCUAGGAAGGUGGCAGGAGGCAUUGAGUGUCUAUGAUCAGAAGGCAAAAUUGGAUCCUUCUUCUGCUGAUGUUCAAAUUGGGCGGAUGAAGUGUCUACAUGCAUUGGGUGACUGGGAUCAAUUGGCGACCCAGGUUGACGAGAUAUGGACCAAUGCAAGCGCAGAAGACCGUCGCGAAAUUGCGCCCAUAGCUGCUGCCGCUGCAUGGUCUCUGAAUGAAUGGGACUCCAUGGAGGAUUAUAUUACUACCAUGAAGUCUGAUUCUACAGAUCGUGCCUUCUAUCGUGCUAUCCUGUCUGUGCACCAGAACCAGUUCCCGAAAGCUCUGCUACAUGUUGCCAAAGCUCGUGAUCUUCUGGAUCCUGAGUUGACUUCCUUUGUUGGUGAAGGUUAUGGUCGAUCAUACAAUGUUAUGGUUCGCGCUCAAAUACUUUCCGAGUUGGAGGAAAUCAUCGCUUACAAGCAAUAUGCCGAUCAGCCUGAACGACAACAAACUAUGCGUAAGACGUGGAUAAAACGCCUGCAAGGGUGUCAACAUGACGUGGAAGUCUGGCAAAGAAUACUUCAAGUCCGAACAUUGGUUCUUAAUCCCGAGGACGACCCUGUAAUGUGGAUCAAGUUUGCAAACUUAUGUCGGCAGCAGGACCGUAUGGCUCUGGCCGAGAAGAUGAUCAAUGCCCUGCUGGCGCCUCAUGCUACUGACCUUCACAAUCCUCGCGAUCAACGCAUGAAGGUUCCGCCCAAUGUGGUAUAUGCACAACUCAAGUUCCUGUGGGCGGCUGGGUCCAAAGAAGGCAGUCUCGCUUUUCUGCGUCAAUUUUCCAACAAUCUCGCCCGCGAUCUACAAGCAGAUGAUGGCCAUGCUCAUCCUUGGGUUACCAAGCAAAGGAAGAGCCAGCUGUCCAAACUACUAGCACGUUGCUAUUUCAAACAAGGCCAAUGGCAAAUGAAAUCAAGUGACGACUGGGUUUCGAGAGAUGCGCAGGGAAUACUGAACUGUUAUGUCAAUGCCACAUACCAUGAUGCAGAAUGGUACAAAGCUUGGCACACCUGGGCCUUGGCUAACUUGGAUGUUGUCACUUACAUGGAAGGUAGACCAGAGUAUCGUUUCGUUGACCAACCACCUCCUGCCUUGGCGGUGCACGCUGUCAAUGCAAUAGAAGGUCUUUUCCGGUCGGUCACUUUGCGUAACACGGAUGCUUUGCAGGAUACACUACGUAUUUUGACGCUAUGGUUCAAGUUUGGCGGUCACCCCGAUGUUGCUCAAGUCAUCGCGGUAGGAUUUGCCAAAGUUGGAGUAGACAACUGGUUGGAAGUGAUUCCGCAGAUCAUCGCCAGAAUUCAAACGCCUCAUACUACGAUCCGCCGCCACAUCCAAAACGUCCUUCUCAUUAUUGGAAGGCACCACCCCCAGGCUAUGAUCAAUCCCUUGACUGUGGCCUCGAAGUCCUCAAGUAAAGCGCGAUCGGAAGGCGCAAUGGGCAUCUUGGAACAUCUAAAAGACCGCCAUCCUGUUAUCGUUGCCCAGGCCGUACUUGUGAGCCACGAAAUCAUACGCGUGGCCAUCCUCUGGAACGAACUAUGGCAUGAGGGUCUGGAAGAAGCCUCCCGCAUCUAUUUCACAGAAAAAAAUCCCGAAGGCAUGAUCGCCGCCUUAGAACCGCUGCACCAGCUCAUGGAAGAACCCGGUCCAACAACUGCUAGAGAGAUCUCCUUCAUUCAGACUUUUGGAAAAGAUCUGCGGGGAGCGCGUGAAGCAUGUCAAAGGUACCGUCAGUAUGGUGAUACCAGUGACUUGGAUAAAGCCUGGGACAUCUAUUAUGCCGUCUUCAAGAAGAUUGAGAAACAGCUUCCUCAAUUGACUAGUCUCGAUUUGCAAUAUGUUUCACCAAUUCUAUUGAAUGUUCGUGAUCUUGAGCUAGUGGUGCCAGGUACUUACCAGUCUGGACGUGAGAUCAUCAAGAUCUCUAGUUUCUCUCCCAAGUUACCUGUAAUUGCUUCCAAACAACGGCCGCGGCGGCUUACUUUACGGGGAUCAGAUGGUAGAGAUUACCAGUAUGUUUUGAAAGGUCACGAAGAUCUUCGACAAGACGAACGAGUCAUGCAGUUGUACAGUCUUGUUAACACACUGUUAUCCGUGGACACCAACAGUUAUAUGCGGCGUCUACAUAUUCAACGUUUCCCGGUUAUCCCUCUGGCACCUAAUGCUGGCUUGUUGGGGUGGGUCCAAGGCAGCGACACUUUCCACGUUCUUGUGCGCGAUUACAGAGACUCUCGAAAAGUCCUUCUGAACAUUGAGUAUCGGUUGAUGCUACAGAUGGCGCCUGACUACGAAAAUCUCACGCUUCUCCAGAAAGUGGAAGUUUUCGAGUACGCGCUGGAAAACACGACGGGUCAAGACCUUUACAGAGUCCUAUGGCUUAAGAGUCGUGACUCAGAACAUUGGUUGGAACGGAGAGCCACCUACACCCGUUCAUUGGCUGUCAAUUGCAUGGCUGGGCACAUUCUUGGUCUUGGGGAUCGACAUCCAUCGAACUUGCUGCUCGAAAGAGAUACUGGGAAAGUUGUCCACAUUGAUUUCGGUGACUGUUUCGAAGUCGCUAUGCAUCGUGAGAAGUUCCCAGAGAAAGUACCUUUCCGAUUGACUAGAAUGCUAACACACGCCAUGGAGGUGAGUGGCAUCGAGGGGAGCUUCAGAAACACUUGCGAAAUAGCCAUGCAAGUUCUGCGCGACAACAAGGAUUCCUUAAUGGCUGUGCUUGAGGCUUUCGUCUAUGAUCCUCUCAUAAAUUGGCGUCUCAUGCAAGCGGAUGAUGUCAGAGGGACACAAGACGCUUCAAACGACGGUGAUCGUGCCGCCGAACUCGUUCAGUUGGUACAUACGACCGCCUAUGCUCAAGGUCCUAAGAGGAAGCUAAAGGCGGAUGAGAAUGACAUAUUCAACGACGGACUUCUUGGUGUUCAGGAGGUUCGAAAUGAGCGUGCGUUGUUUGUAUACAAUCGUGUCCAGAACAAGUUGACAGGACGGGAUUUCAAUCCCGACGAUUCCCUUUCGGCCAUUGAUCAAGUCGAUAAGCUGAUCAAGCAGGCUACAUCUUUGGAAAAUCUGUGUCAGCUCUUCUCGGGAUGGUGUGCUUUUUGGUAGAGUCGGUACUAUUUCAGCGGACAUGUGUCGUCUACAGGUAUAUAUCCUUAAAUACCCCGUAACUUAUCAUCUGUUGCAUAGUGUACUCUGUACAUUCAUACAUCUUUUUAUAGCAAUCUGUAUAUUUUGCACAACGAAUUCUACUCUGGAAGCGGUCG